UAAAAAGAUAACUUAAGUAUUGAACUGUACCUAUUAAUGUUUUUUUGAGUUUGUGUUCGUUUAGUCUACAAACAUCAAAAAAGCACUUACGAUGAAAUCAAACAUAACAAGAAUAGGUCUUGUGUUACUUACCGUGUAUUUCUUUGGUCUUUUUAUUUCAUUGAAUAGUUCGCCAUCAGGCGAAGACGAUUCAUCGAAAAAAGCACCCCAAUCGAUAAUAAACUAUACAAAAAAUAUUGCAUCUAAAAUUGCGCCCGUUCUAAAAAAAUUAAAGAGAUCAUUGUCCGGCAAUACUUUGCCCCGAUCUGUAUCAAACCUUAGAAAUAAUGCUGACAGUAAAAAUGUAAUAACAAGUGUAAUAGAUGGUGGUUUUUUAAACAGCUGUUUCGCGUCAAAACUAGACCGAGAUGUUACUCGUGUGGCUCUCGAGGCAAGAAGCUUAAUAUUAGAAGGCAAAGUUGAUGAAGGACGUAAUGCUUUAUUCAAAAUAACAAAAACUAAAAUAGUUAACCAUCAACAAAAUAAAUAUGAAACUAUGUAUGAUAACACAGAUAUGUUUGACAAAGACAUAAACGAGGUCAUCAAUUUGUUCGAAACAGACGUGAAAGCAGGAAAAUGAAUUUUAAAUUUUAAAUUAAAUACAAAGGUAUUGUUGACUUGAAAAUAAUAAUAAUUUUGCUUUAUUUGUUUGGAGCUCUUUAUUCAUUUAACA